AUGACGACGGCGAAUUCGAAAAUACGUCGAGCUCGAGCCGCUCGGCCGCUCCUGUUUUCCCCCACGGCGCCAGCUGUUCCGGGUUACAUGACUGUCGGCAACGGUUCGUCACCACAAUAUGCCGCCCAUCUCCAGGCCAUGCUCGAGCAAGAUUCUGGCUACGGCGGUAGCAUCGUCGGCGACAGAAAUGAGCCCAUCCAUGUCCCGGCCCCAGCGCCUCCUCGACUUUGGGAUUCCACCAUCCAUGCCCGACAGGCCGAUGCAUUCCCCAUUCUUCCUCGAACAAUACCACUGCCAAUCAUUCGCAGCCAGGCGAGCGCUGUUCACCAACUCUGGUACAACCAGCACCGAGCAACCCUCGGCCGGGCCAUCAGCACCGUCGUAGAGCUUUUGAAGGAGUUGCAGGACAAGAAUACAGUAUGGCCCGCCCACUACCCGUCCGUGCAACGCGUUGCGCUUGACACACCUUCAAACUCGACCUCGAGACCUGGCAUCCACCAGACCUUUUCGACCGCUGGAGACCUCGCCACCGCACCAUCCUUCGCCGCGCCAGCCCCUAUGCUCCGGCGAGCCAUGACCUCACUCGAAGACGCUGCAGCCGAAUCGAGCAGAACCGCUGAAAAUAGGUCCGCCAUCGAGCCGCGGCUCGUUAGCCCUCAAAUCGCCCAAGAAUUUUCGGUGCUGAAGCUGGACUUGAAGCUUGGCGCCCUGAACCAGUCUGAGUUGGUUCAUUCGCUGGAGAAGAGCUCGAUCGCUUCGCUCCUAGACGGCAAGAUACAGUCGAGCAUCAAACAUCUCCAGUCCCUCCGGGAGCGCAUUGAGGAUACGUCGAGCAAGUGCUUGAUGCACGAGAGAACUGCGGCAUUGAAGAGGUUCACGCCGUUCAUAGAAACACCAUCUACGACCCGGCACGACGAAACAACCUACGACGUCUUCUCUCUUCAGCAACUGGACAAGAUUGUCGUGGACAACGAGUUGUAUAUGCAAUGCAAGGUCUACGUGAAAGACGCCCGGACCAUCGACGAGUCUCUGCUCAACAACGGUGUUGUGGACAUUGCCCUCAUUGACGCCCCGGGUCUCAAUAUGGACACCACCAAGACCACGGCCAUCUUUGCACGACAGGAGGAGAUUGACGUCGUUGUGUUCGUCGUCUCUGCCACCAACCACUUCACCCAGACCUCGACCGAGUUCAUCAGGGCCGCGGCUGCCGAAAAGGCAUAUCUCUUUGUCGUCGUGAACGGCUACGAUACCAUCCGGGAUAAGGAGCGGUGUCAGAAACUGAUCCUCAACCAGAUCAGGACUCUGAGCCCUGACACUUUUAAGGAAUCCGCGGAACUAGUGCACUUCGUAUCUAGCACGGCCAUUCCCGUCGCACGCGCCCCUCCCGGCGGCCCCGGCGGCCCCGGUAGCGGGGGUUCCGGGAGCGCCAGUGGCGGCGGCGGGUUUGACGAUCCUGGGGAUGACGACCCAAAAGGAAAGGGCAAGAACAAGGAGAUGGAGCGGGACUUCUCCGCUCUGGAACAAUCCCUUCGCAGGUUCGUCCUGGAGAAACGUGCACGCUCCAAGUUGGCCCCGGCAAAAACGUACCUGAUGAACAUUCUGAACGACGUGAAUGUGUUGGCUACCGUCAACUCAGAAGUCGCCCAGUCCGAGUUCGAUCGGGUAAACAAGGAGCUGCAGGAACUGGAGCCCCAACUUGAAUCAAGCAGGCGGGCGAGGACGGAGAUCAGUGAGAAGAUUGACCAGACCAUCGAGAGAACCUGCAAGGAUGUGUACGACCACUCCCGCUCCACGAUCAACUCAGCCAUCGCUCAAGCAGGAGAGGGGAACCUCGGGAUCCCCUACCCCGGUGUGUUUAGCGCAUUCCAAUAUGCCGACGACCUCAAGGAGGCUAUGCUUUCCCAGAUCGCGGCCUCGGUUGUACAGUGCGAGGAGCAAGCCCGAACCAAAACCGUUUCCGGCGUCAAUCUGAUCAAGCAGCUUGGCCUCCGUCACCUGGGCAAUGAGUACGAGAACCUCAACUUCAAGUCGGAUGUCAUGUUCCAACAUAAGAAGCAUGCUCUAGCGCGCCAGGUGGACAUUGCCACGGAAUUCUGGGACUUUGUCGACUGGUCCACGCUCCUACAGAAGGAGGAAAAGGCCGGCAUGGCGUUGACUGUUGCUGGCGUGGUCGGCACUGGCGUGGUCAGUGGAUACGGCCAGAUGAAUAUCGCUCUCCGCGUUGCCCAGGUGCUAGGGAGUGACAAUUUACGCCGGCUGAUUAUCCCCGGUGUAGUCGCAGCAGCAACGGCGAUGGCCUUCUACGUCCUCAGCCAGAUCCCUCACUCACUCCCGCACCGGCUGAACGCCAAGAUUUCAGCUCAGCUUGCGGCGCUGGACUACGUCCACUCCAACAGCCACCGCAUCUCUGGCACCGUACGCAAGGUCCUUCUCAUCCCCGCCAACUCUCUGCGGGUCGGCCUCCAACGCUCGGUCGAGCAGCUCGACACCCGCCGCGAUGAGACGGUCAAGGUGCGCAAGGAAAGUAGUGAUGCCCUGAGAUACUUUGGCAACCUCGUCCAGAGAAGCGCCCACCAGCGCCGCCAGGUUGAGACGGUGGACCUGGAUGCGCACCCGCCUGGCGCUCAGGGCGGCUUCUAG